CUCCCUUAAGUUAAUCACAAUUUAAAUUUGGUCCAGCAACUAGACGACCAACAGCAUGAACCCCAUCUCUUUAGCAAUGUUAAUCUACCGUAAUUCUGAAAGCUAAGAACUAAUUUAAUGUCCAAUUUAAUAAUCUCCAUGCGAGUUAUUUAUUAUUUAUUUUAAAGCCGUAGCGAUGACGUAUUGAAAGAUUCGUGGUUUCUUUAGGGUAGGUAGGGUUAGCGCCGGACCCAACCGGAACCAAGCGCACCAUAGAACCUCGUGUCAAGUACGCACCGCCCGGUUUAUCCCACCAGGCUGGCGUGACCCUUUAAGUUAAUCAGCACUUUUACUAUAAAAAUACAAACAAGGCCCUCGCCUACGCCCUCCCGGCUACCUGCCGACAAUACCUACAGAUUUGUAUAACACUGUAACCAAUCAUUAUGCAUAGGUCUUUGAUUUCUAUUGCCGACUUCUUCUCCACACGCCCGCUCGUCUCGGCGACCGCUGUAGCGUCGAUUCCACUCCUUGCCAUUAUCAUCCCGGCCUAUCGCGGCUUUCUGGCUCUUGGUCCGGGCGGCCUUCCGUACAACUUUAUCGGCUUCACCAUUCAAGCUGUUGGCCUUCUUUUUGCCCAUCGCGACACUACCAGUGCUGAUACUGUGCGUACAGCACCAGCCAAUCAUCAGAAUGCAAGAACCCGGUAUUUACCGGACCUGACCCCUCGCAAGACACCUCGACCCCUAAUCCCUGGCUAUUCGGCGCCUCACCGGCAGGCAUCGCAGCAGGGAGACGAGACGUUGGUGGCUACGCUGAAUGGCUAUCUGGCUUCGCUGGCCGAGUCAAAUGCCGGCCUCGUCAUCAAGGGCUCAGGGCUGGAGCUCAGCACGUAUCCUGCACUGUGGACAGUAGAGGAAGAGACACCUGCACACGUACUCAAGACCACGGGAGGUGAGAUUGCCCAUGUCCAUCCCGAGGGCAGUGCGCAUAUGGUCCUGAGCCUGGCGGAUGCGGCGGAGGUGCUCGAGAAGGGCUGGGGUGAGAUGCAUCCCCUCGCUGGCAGGGUUGGAAGGCUUCCGAUUAGCUACAUCAUGAUUUAUGCGCCACGAAAUGAUACCGAGGUUCUGGUUUGGAAGAUGAUGGCUGAUGCGGCCGUGGCUUAUGUCUCAGCAUGAAAGCGCGGGAAGAAGUGCGAGGGAGGGGGCGUGUGUACUAUUUUCUUGUAUAUUAGCAAAGGGGGGAGUGAGUGAGUGCCUCGCGUUUCUGUGACACUGUACGAAUGUACUAUGAAUAAAAUACUGGUUAGCUUUUGUAUAUGGAGAUGUUGAGAUGUUGUUGUUGCUAUCGUGCCGUCUUCCAGGGCUUCGUCGCCUAUUCUGUGCCGCGUGGUAUAAAUAGAAAAUUGCUCCAGAAAGGUCCACUUGAUUGUACGCUAAAUAUCGCUUCGAAUCUGAUCUGUGUCAGUAAGAGC